GGCUGGCUAAGAUGCAGUUAAUAUUUUUUCUGCCAGUUUUGGUUUUUUUGGGAGGAGCUUUGGCACAGCCUGUCAACGAGGAUCCUGCUCCUGCUGUCACUUUACAGGAUGUGGCUGACUUGGGUGGUCAGGAGGCAAAAGAAGGUGAAAGACCAGCCCGCUGGAUUUCUGGAGGAUGGGGAGGAGGUUGGAAUUCAGGAUGGGGUGGUGGAUGGAAUUCAGGCUGGGGUGGUGGCUGGAAUGGAGGAUGGAACAAGGGAUGGAGUGUUUCAUAUCGCCCAUGGAGCAAUAGCUAUAGUAACUACUGGUGGUAGCUAGCCCCAAGACAGUCGCUUCCUUAAAAACUAUACCACCUAAAAAAUGACCC